AUGCCCGUCACGAAAGACUCGCCAUCUGAGGCAUCAGUUCUCGACAGCAAUGCCAUGGUCCCACCAGGAUCGACUGCAGAAGGCGGCCCAGUAUCAACACCACAAGACCGAAAAUGGUCCAUCCACUCGCCAUGGGCAAAAAGAGGCAUUGUGCUAUGCUCGGCCAUGACCGCCUUCUUCUCCCCCUUUUCGUCGCAGAUCUACCUCCCCGCCAUGACAUCCAUAGCCAGCGACCUCGACCUCUCCAUCUCCCAGGUCAACUUGACCGUCACCACCUACAUCGUCACCCAGGCCAUUCUUCCCAUGUUCGUGGGGCCCCUGGCAGAUACCUUUGGCCGACGUCCUGCGUACCUCGUCUGUGGUCUCAUCUUCAUCGCCGCCAACAUGGGACUCGCCGAGGCACCGAAUUACGCUGCGCUUCUGGUUCUCCGGAGUCUCCAGUCGGCUGGGUCCAGUCCCACGGUCACGCUCUGUGGUGCUGUCAUUGCGGAUGUGGCUACGUCCGCCGAGCGAGGGACGUAUGCUAGCAUUACUGGUAUUCCGACUGUUCUCGGUCCGGCGCUGGGACCGGUGGUGGGAGGCCUCGUGUCGCAGAAUUUGGGAUGGCGCUGGAUCUUCUGGGUGUUGACCAUAUUGGCUGGGGUCAGCCUAUUGAUCAUCUUAUUGUUCCUCCCCGAGACGUGUCGCGCCCUUGUCGAUGAUGGGUCAGUGGCGCCACAGAAGUUGUCUAGGACGGCAUGGCAAUGGGCGGCAGAAAGACGAGGAACCGGCAACAGCUACACAGAACAUCCGCAACAGCGCGAGGAGAGGACAAAAAAACCUGUCAUGGCUAGUAUACUCGGCAACUUUGCCAUGUUGUGGGAGAAGGAGACGGGCCUGCUACUGGGCAGCGGAUGCCUGCUGUUUGCCGCGUACACGGGUCUCACAACGGCCUUGGCGACGAACUUUGCGCAAGCGUACGACUUGAGUCCCACAGACACUGGGCUCAUGUAUCUGCCCAUGGUUGCAGGCACUCUGUUGGGUGCCGUCCUCGCGGGGCCCAUGAUGACCUGGAACUACAAGCGUCAGUGCGCUCGCCAGGGCGUUCCCUACGAUCGUUCGCGGCAGAUUGAUCUCUUGGGGUUUCCGAUUGAGAGGGUGCGUCUCGAGAUUGGGAUUCCCUUUCUCGCAACGAGUGGUGUCGCCAUCAUGGCAUGGGGCUGGGCGGUGCAGAGCAGGGUGCACCUAGCAGCGCCUUGUAGCAUCAGUGCCGUCGUGGGUCUCGGGAUGACAGUCUUCAACAACACGAUAUGGGCGCUGCUGAUGGACAUUCACACGGCUAGGGCUGGGACAGCGACAGCGGGAGCGAAUCUUGGACGAGGACUGGUGAGCGCAGCCACUGCGGCGUUUAUUGCACCUGCCAUUGAUGGACUGGGAAUGGGUUGGACAUUUACCGUUCUCGCUAUCCCUUAUGCAGUCGUGGUUCCCGUCAUGUGGUAUGUCAUGGCGAAUGGCAUGCGAUGGAGGGCUCAGCAGGUCCAAGUGGUGGAAGGCCACGCUCUGUCUGCGAAGUGA